AUGGCCGAUCAGGAAGUGGAUUUGGAUUCGAUCAUCGAUAGAUUGCUGGAGGUGAGGGGUAGCCGGCCAGGCAAGCAAGUUCAGCUUUUGGAAUCCGAGAUCCGUUAUCUGUGCACUAAGGCGAGAGAGAUUUUCAUCUCCCAGCCUAUCCUGCUGGAAUUGGAAGCACCAAUCAAGAUCUGCGGUGAUAUUCACGGCCAAUACUACGACCUCCUGCGUCUGUUCGAAUACGGUGGCUUCCCCCCUGAGGCUAAUUACCUUUUCCUCGGAGACUACGUCGAUCGUGGCAAGCAAUCCUUGGAGACCAUCUGCUUGCUCCUGGCCUACAAGAUCAAGUACCCCGAGAACUUCUUCGUCCUGCGUGGCAACCACGAGUGUGCCUCUAUCAACCGUAUCUAUGGUUUCUACGAUGAAUGCAAGCGGAGGUACAACAUCAAGCUAUGGAAGACUUUCACUGAUUGCUUCAACUGCUUGCCCAUUGCCGCCAUCAUUGAUGAGAAGAUUUUCACCAUGCACGGAGGUUUGAGUCCCGAUUUGAACUCCAUGGAGCAGAUUCGGCGCGUCAUGCGUCCUACUGAUAUUCCCGACUGCGGUCUCCUGUGUGACCUUCUGUGGUCUGACCCCGACAAAGACAUCACCGGCUGGAGCGAGAACGACCGUGGCGUUUCGUUCACGUUCGGCCCGGAUGUUGUAUCGCGAUUCCUUCAGAAGCACGACAUGGACUUGAUAUGUCGUGCGCAUCAAGUCGUUGAGGAUGGAUAUGAGUUUUUCUCCAAGAGGCAACUCGUCACAUUGUUCAGUGCGCCCAACUACUGCGGCGAAUUCGACAAUGCUGGUGCAAUGAUGAGCGUCGACGAAAGUCUACUAUGCUCCUUCCAGAUCCUGAAACCAGCAGAGAAGAAACAAAAGUACGUUUACGGGGGCAUGAGCUCAGGCAGGCCCAUCACUCCUCCGCGAAAGCAAAAGAAGAAGUAA